UCUCAUUCCAAAACAUGGAGACAGAUCUCGAUCAGCAUGGACCUGCUUUCCUCAAACACGGUCAAACCUCUCAGUCUUUGUCUCUUUCUGAUAUCUUCACUCUUAACGAUGGAUCUGUAACGCCUGUACUCAAGCCUGCAAAUCCUCCUGUCAGAGCUAAUGUGUUGUACAUGAGCCCCGAAUUCUCUCUCCCUAUCGCGGAGGCUGUCAAAAAUACUUUUAAUCCAUACUUUGAUAAAGCAAUCUGGUUUCAGAACUCUACUCUCUACCAUUUUAGCAUGUUUCAUGCCUCCCACCAUAUUCAACCUGUUCCGGCCACAAAAGAAGAGAUAGAAGCUGAAGCAUCUUCUGUUCAGGCUGUUGCAAGGACUCUCUGCCCUUUGAAAAUUGUUUUGGAUAGAGUGGUUUUGACUUCAACUGGGGUGCUCCUCGGUUGCUGGCAGGUCAACUCGGGGACAGACCCCAUAACUAUUCGCGCUAAGUUGAAGGAGGUGCUUCCACAUGCACCGCAGAAGCAGCUUUAUGAUGCUGCAAUUCUUCACACAUCAUUUGCAAGGCUCUUGGGACCCCCUAGAGCAUCACCUACGGAGCUGCCUGAAACAUCGGAAAGUGUCCAAUUUUUUCAUGAUCUGGUUAAUCGACUUAACCGUCAGAUCCGUGGAUUCAAGGCAGAGGUGUCAGAACUAUGGUACGUGGAGGAAUUUGAUCUGCUUGCUCUUGCUCUAAAUGGAAGAAUGAACACUCGAAAAUACAAACUUGGCUGCUCAAGAGCCUGAAGUUAGAAACCCACGAACAUGUACACACACGAAUGACACGAUGUUAUGAAUUGACUCUUCUUUUUUUCUCUGUAAUAUUUUAAGUUUUAUCCCAAAAGAUGUUAUGAUGGUAAUAAUAUUAAACCAGAGUUAUAUAUUGGAAAUCAAUUUCAUAAUUCAGUAUAAGUUAUUUUUUUGUUA